AGCAUUAGGCAUUUGCCCAUCGUACCGUACAAAUUGGCGUCUCUUGAAGUCUCAACACUCUCCGAGCUCGCUCAUCUUCGACGAAGAAGAAUAGAUGGCCACCAGAACCAGGUUUUCUCCGCUCAUUCUCCUGUGGAUUCUGGUUCCAUUUGGAACCCUAGCUCUCAUUCUGAGUCGACUGGGCGAUACCAGAGUCUCAUCGGAGGAAAAAGUCGUCGACAGCAUGUCCAAUGUUGAGGAAGAUGAAUCUGAGGACAAGCUAGAACAAGUAACCCACAAAGUAUACUUUGAUGUUGAGAUUGAUGGCAAACCUUCUGGUCGUAUGAUCAUGGGCCUCUUUGGAAAAACCGUUCCCAAGACUGUAGAAAACUUUCGAGCUCUUUGCACAGGGGAGAAAGGAUCUGGAAAAACUGGGAAGCCACUCCAUUUCAAAGGGAGCGCAUUUCAUAGAAUCAUUCCCAGUUUUAUGAUCCAGGGAGGUGAUUUUACUCGUGGUGAUGGGCGGGGUGGGGAGUCGAUCUACGGUGACAAAUUUGCUGAUGAGAACUUUAAGCUGAAACACACUGGUCCAGGAAUUUUGUCAAUGGCAAAUGCUGGACCCGACACCAAUGGCUCACAAUUCUUUAUUACUACUGUAACUACUAGCUGGUUGAAUGGGCGACACGUCGUGUUCGGCAAAGUGCUUUCUGGGAUGGAUGUUGUCUUCAAGAUUGAAGCCCAAGGCAGACAGAAUGGAGUUCCGAGGAGCAAAAUUGUUAUUUCAAAUAGUGGUGAGCUGCCUUGAUGAUUGCAAGAAAACCAUUCCCUUGCCUGUUUCCGUGUGUUAGAAUGCAAACACUUGGGUCCCUCACAUAACAUACUGGUUUCAUAAUAGUGCAGAGUCCUUCAAUUUCUGUUACUGCAUGUAUAAUUUGUUGGAUAUAUAUGAUAUCAACGUAAUUUGGCCUCAAUUUGGAUGCUGGAGAAGUGUCUUCCCAAUUUGAAGCACUCUUGCACAAGUAAUUUUCGCUAUUGGGACAACAGAAAUGGUAAACAGGGACAUGCCUUCAUGUUCCUUCUUUUUGUUGUUUUU